CGUGAAACUUGCAUCCAUCGGGUCUGGGAUAUAAUUGUUCGGAUGCAGUAGUUUGUUGCCGGGGGCGUCGUCAUCAUGGACGACCGAAUGCCUAAUCGUCCGCCUAGGCCUCCGCGUGAGUGCGCCACCUUCUCACGCCCAGAGAGGCCCCAGCUCCGAUUCAGGUUUGGUCAGGACUCCGAUAUCGAGUUCACCGCCCCCGUGGACCGCCUGAGCCUCAGGUUCGACCCGCAGUGUAAAGUGAGUGCAUUCAUGGUGCAGUGGCAGCGACAGGGGGUGCUUCAUCGCAAAGCUGUGGUGAUUAGUGGAGAUCUCGGGCUGUUUCGUCGGUUGGAAGCGCACCUGGUGUAUGGAGAACCGCUGGGCGAGCGCGACCCACACCUUCUCCGCCAUCAGCAGAUGUUCACCAACUUCAUCAUAUUCGCCAAUACAGGUGGGAAAGGGCCAGUUGGGCAGAGAGCCUGGUUGGGCAGAGAGCGUGGAGGGAUUGACGCACGGAUGCAGAUGCCUUUCUUUCAUUCAGGAAGUGGCAGCGUAGAUGCGGGCUCCGCAGGAGAUGGCGCCGCACAAGCAGCUGCAGGCGCCUCAGACCAGACUCCGGUGGGUUAUCAUGCUUUGUUGGAAUACUUUGAUGGUGCACAUGUGAUGUGGUUUUUCUCAGCAAGGCGAAGCCUCUCCUCCUGGCGCUGCUGGUGUUGAGAUCGAACAACCUGACACAUCGCCAAAUCAGGUCAUUGCAGUACUACAAACACACCACACACCCAACGCAUAGCCCCACCACGGGUCUUUAUGGGUGCUUUUAGAUACCCCCUCCCGCCCAACCGCAACCGUUUUGGAAUGGAACCAUCUCUCCACUCUCUGCUCCCAAGGCAAGCAAGCAUUCACAUUUUCAGCUGCAGGUUACUUAUUGGACUUGGCGUGUAAUGCAGGCUACGUUUGAGAGGCUUGAAGCAUUCCCCGCAACUGGCAAGGUCACAUACCUGCAAGGAUGCACAGAUGCACUUAAUGUAGCACGGAAACGACCUAUAUGGCUGCAUGUAUGCGCAGGUGGGCGGAGGUGGCCAGGGUGGCGAUAAGUUGUCUGGCGGGCAGCAGAAGACACCAACUAACCAGGUGGGCAAAGUUGCCCGGCAAACCCUCAAGUGAAUACGGAUGUGUUCGCAUACGCGUUCAUGCCCUCUUGUAUGGAUGUGUGUACACACAGGCGGAGGGCCAAGCCGAGACACAUACCAAGGCACAUACCAAACAGGCGGGCACCGCAACACGCACAUACCCACAUCCACACGAACACAAACCCUAUUGUGGCACACAUGCGCAGAUGGCUGGAGGUGCUCAGGGUGGUCAGCAAUCGUCUGUCGAGCAGCAGAAGAUACCACCUAGUCAGGUGGGCAGCCCCUUGCGCCAAAACGAAUGUGGUCGCAGUCAUGUUUGCACGCUCUCCUCUCCCCCCUCCCCACCUCAUCCCCAUUCAAUGGCGGACAAACCCCAUUCACGUCGUUCUGGUGCGAUGGAUGUCUGCAGGGACAGGCGGGCGGUGGGGCUUCGCAGACAGUGCGACAGAAGGCAGGGACAAUAGAAAGUUGAAUACGUUUGACUGUCCGAUUGAUAGGCGUUGAUGUGAAGCCGAGGAAGCUCUUGCUGAGAGGGAAAGAGCGCACAGCUGGUGUCAGAGCUGUGUACGGGUUCGGUCGUGAUCGUUCUUCAUCAGCCACAUGCCG